AUGAGGCAAGCCAUACGAUCCAAGUCUCACCAGCAUCCUCUUUUCUAUUUUGGAACAGAAUGCCAAAACCUCUUUGCCAGUAUGCUCAACUACGAAUUUUUUAGACAACAUUUUCUUUUCAAAUGUAAUAAAUGCUACAAAUCUUUUGGUGGUGUUCCUUUCUAUCGCUGUGUGUUGUGUUGCAUCAAUUUUCAUUUGGAAUGUGUUCCUAUCCCACAUUUCAUUAAAUCCAAAUGUCAUAUCCACCCCUUCACCCUUAGACAUUGUUUCCUAGAAGAUGAUUCAGAAAAAUAUUUUUGUGAUGUUUGUGAAGAAGAAAGGCAUCCAAAAAAUCACGUCUACGUUUGUGAAGAAUGUCAAGGAUUAUUUGUCGCACAUAUCGAAUGCGUGCUUGACAAUAUGGUGGAAGAAAUUGCACCAGCAGAAGAUCCAUCCUCAAAUUUGGUACCAGACCUUGAGAACACCUUUGUUCAGGCUGAGAGGGAAGUGCCCACAGAUGAAUCAAAAGAAGAGCAACAAAGCAACAACGUAAGCCCAGCAAUGAAGGAAAGAGCAGCAGAGUGAUUAAG